AUGGGCCUAGUCCGCCGACUGCUCAUCUGGGCAGCUGUCGACGGCAUCGUCCUCCAAGCCCAUGGCCCGGCCGAACACCAUAAAGCAAUUCAGAUUGAUUACAAGAGUCGCCAGAUCAAAGAACUGCAGAAGUCUGAUGCGCUAGCGAACAAGCCAGCUCCGUUGGAAGCCCAUGGCAUAGUCGGAUUGCUUUCCAUUGCUUCGUCGUCCUUCCUUGUUGCGAUUACCCAGCGUGAACAAGUCGCGCAGGUGUUUGGCAGACCGAUCUACGUCAUCACCAAUGUUGCAAUCGUCCCAUUAUCUUCUCAGAACGAAGCCAAUCGGGCUAUCACUACAGCAAUCGAGGCUCUAUCUACCUCGGAAACCUCUACAACCGACACAGACACGGAUGUGAGCGAUACAGAGGCUAACGACUCCAACCCGCGAGAUCAUCCCGAGCCUGAGACACCCAUUGAUCCGACGCCUCCGCAGAGACAGCCUUCCAACCCGACCAGCAUUGCCAGGGAUGUUAUUGCCAAUCGAGGCCAAUAUGGUCGGUUUGCUGCCCAGUGGUUCUCCAAGCAGGGCUGGGGUGGGGGAAAUAGCACAAGCACCCCAGCUACCUCAAAGCAGGAUGACCGGGUCAAGUCGACCAGCCCGUCCACGGAGGCCGAUGCAGCAGUGGCAGCGAAUCAGCCUGAAAGAAAGGAAGACCCCGAGGCUAAAGAGCAAGCUCAUGAGAAGGACGCCGAGGAGCUGAUGGGCGGCGCUUCCAUAACAGAAGCUAUCCCUAAAAUCCUUCGAAGGACCAGGAUGCUCCUGACGUCUGGAAGCUAUUUCUUCUCCUACGACUUUGAUCUUACACGGAGACUGGCAUUGAUGAAUGGUAAACCAGAACCGCCGUCACGAGAGACACUUGACCCUCUGUACUUCUGGAAUCGCCGCAUGCUAGGGCCAUUCCUUGACGCGCGGCAAGAUUCGUGGAUGAUGCCCAUCAUUCAGGGUUUCAUCGGCCAGAGGACCUUUAUCGUCAAGAGAGCAGAGGCCGAAAAUCCAAAGUCGGCUUGCGUGGUGGAUGCUGAACACGACGGACAAUCCGCUGGAGUACAACACGCCAUCAAUCACGCUAAACAAGCCCUUGCAGACCACAACGGAGAGACUCAGUCCUAUCUCUUGACAUUGCUUUCGCGGCGGUCGGUCAAGCGAUCGGGCCUUCGGUACCUGCGCCGCGGACUGGAUGACGAAGGCAACUGUGCCAACGCAGUCGAGACCGAGCAGAUUCUUUCCGCUCCUGAUUGGUCUCCAUCGAGACGGAUACGGUCGUUCGUGCAGAUACGUUCCUCUAUACCGCUUUAUUUUUCACAAUCGCCAUAUUCAUUGAAACCGACGCCGAUGUUGCAUCAAUCGGGUGCCAAAAACGAGACAGCAAUGAAGAAGCAUUUCCAGGAUCUCAAGAGGCGGUAUGGUGGCGUCCAAAUCGCAUGUCUCAUCGACAAGCAUGGCGCCGAGAACAUUAUUGGUGUCCCAUUUGAGAAAACGGUGCAUGCACUCCAGGAAUCCAACCAGCUCGAGGACGUCCAGUUUGAGUGGUUUGACUUCCAUGCUGAGUGUCGAGGGAUGAAGUUCGAAAAUGUGUCGAAGCUUGUAGACAAACUCGAAGACACGCUCAAGAAGUUUGGAGAGACAGUGAUUUCCAAGGACGGAGUCGAGUCACUUCAGUCAGGCAUCAUCCGCACCAACUGCAUGGAUUGCUUGGACCGGACCAACGUGGCAAUGAGCGCCUUUGGCCAGUACAUGUUGCAGACAGACCUGGCUAGGGAGGGAUUCGUCAUCGAUCUGCUGCACGAUGAGACCACCACCUGGUUCAACACUCUGUGGGCGGACAAUGGAGACGCAAUAUCCCGCCUGUACGCGUCCACAGCGGCACUGAAAGGAGACUUUACACGCACUAGACGGCGCAAUUAUCGUGGAGCCCUGAACGAUUUCAGCCUGACACUGACGAGGUACUAUAACAAUAUGGUGAACGACUACUUCUCACAAGCAGUCAUCGACUUUUUACUUGGCCACACGUCGUGGAGAGUCUUUGAAGACUUUGAAAGCAGCAUGAUGGCCAAAGACCCGGGCAUAUCCAUUGACCAAGCCCGACAAGCCGCGAUCGAUAACUGUGCGAAGCAAGUCAUACAAGGCAACGACGAAGAUCUGAUCCACGGCUGGACAAUGUUGACACCGGCGCAUGAGAACACACUCCGAACAUUACCCUUUGAGGAAGCAGUUGUGCUAUUGACGGACGCGGCCUUGUACUGUUGCAAGUUUGACUGGACGACGGAGAAGCUCGCCUCGUUCGAGAAGGUUGAUCUCCGGUCUGUCUCGCGAAUCCAGUAUGGGACAUACAUCACAUCGACGUUCAGCGAACGGCAAAUGAGAGAAGAGCUCAAUGCGGGACUGGUGGUAACAUAUCAUCCUGGCAAGGGGAGUACCAUCCGCACCAUGACCCGGUCCUUACAGAACUAUGUUCCGCCCAGGUCUGAUGGCUCAGAGAGCCGUAUAGAUGGAGGAACUGGCAUCCUUUCAUGGCUCAGUCCUGCUUCAGCUCCAACAACCCGCAAAUUGGCCAUGAAGAUUAUUCCCGCUGCAACCACGGAUGCCGAUCAGUCCCCAGGAAAUCAUCCCAAGGCGGCAAUCGUGGUGGCUGAAGACGUUGCAGACAACAUCAAAAGGGCCAUCACAGGAAGCACAGAACAAGAUGGCCAGCAAGCGACUGAUCUGGUCGAGCAGGCGGAUAUCAUCUCGCUAGAAGAAGCAAAGCGGCGGACCGGCUACUUUGAACAGCUGGGUCACUCCAUCAAGAAGAUGGUGUGGACGUGA